AUGGCGUUGCCUAUUCGCCUUCUGCAACUUGUUGCAUUUUUGGAUUUGUUAGCUGUUGGUUUAAUAGUACCACUAAUACCAAAUCAUGUUCGACAAAUGGGAGGAAACCAUAUUUACAUUGGGCUUCUUGGGUCAAUUUAUGCAGGAUCCCAAUUCGGAUCAGGCCCUUUUAUUGGGAGUCUUAGUGACUUGAAAGGGCGUAAAUUUAUACUUAUCACUACCUUAUUGUUAUGCAGCAUUGCAUAUAUGGUCCUAAGUAUAACACAUUCUAUUGCUACAAUAUUAAUAAUAAGAGCAGUAUUAGGUCUAUUUAAACAAACACAAUUAUUAACAAAAGCCUUAGUUCCUGAUUAUGAGAAAGAUGAAAGAAAACAAUCUAAUAUUUAUGGUAAAAUGGCUGCUAUUUCUGGUGUGGGAAUUACAAUAGGACCUGUAAUUGGUGGUCACAUUGUAGAAGAUUUCCCUAGCCAGGGGUUCAAUUUUAUAGCAUGGAUUGUAGGAAUGUGUUUUAUAAUAAAUGCAGGUAUUGUUUACCUUCUCCCAAAGACUAUCCUUCUAAGAAAACAACAACAGGGCACUAAAAAUCAUCUCAAAAUAUUA